AUGUUCAAUACAUUCAUAAAGGGUGAGACUCCAUUCCCAGAAUACCAGGCUAUAUUUAUGCUGGAUGACAUCCAGUUUGCAUAUUACGACUCAAAUGAAAACAAGGUUGUACACAGAGGUUUUCAUGUUCUACAGAGAAUUUUGGGAUGUCAGUUACAGGAAAAUGAGGACAUAGGAACUUUAACACACAAAGAUGCAUUCAACGGGGCAAUUGGAGAUGUCCGUUAUUACAAUCCACAAUCUGACAGCCUUUAUACUGACCAGGUGUGGCCAGAUGCAGUGGAUGGUAUAUGGGUUGUGAGUGUGCAUAUAGCUUUUGCAUAUUACCAUCCCUUGUGCAUUGAAACCCUCAAGACAAACCUGGAGAAAGAGAAGAAUCGUGUUCUUAAAAAGAUGAAUCCCAGAGUCAGGCUCCUCCAGAAGACACUUCCAGACCCUGGUGGGGCCAAAGUGACCUGUCUGGCCACUGGUUUCUACCCCCGUCACAUCAACCUGACCCUGCUCAGAGACGGCCAGUCUGUGUCUGACCACCAGAUCACUGGGGGGGAGCUGCUACCUAAUGGAGAUGAGACGUACCAGAUGAGGAAGAGCCUGGAGGUCAGUGCAGAGGAACUACAGCAUCACCACUACACCUGCACAGCUGAACACCUCAGCCUGGACAACAAGCUGGACAUCAGUUUAGAUCAUGAGUGGGAUUCAGUCACCACAUCCAUAGUGCCCUCCGUGCUUAUUGCUGCUGGGUUACUGUGUCUUGCUGGAGUUGGUGUCGGGGCCUUUGUCCUAUGGAGGAGGACCCGAACAGGGGGUGCUAAGGGCAACAUUGAACUACAGAAAUUGACCCGUGGUAAGAUGUUCAUCUUGAUGAUGGCAGCUCUUGCUCUAAAUGAAUUGGGAAUGGAUGACCAGCGCUCCAAAUCAGAUUCCACCUGCCUGAGAGUCCAGUUGAAAUUAAAAGAGACGGUUGAUUGA